AUGAUACGCGUCUUCCUCUGGUUUCUGACAACAGGAGGGAUUUUUCAUACGAGCUUUUCCUCGUCGCACCUCUGGAGUGAAGUAACGGAGGACUGCCUCAACAUCACGGGCGCAAGCUCCGCUUGUUUGCCUUGUUUGCAUGCGGCCCGGUGAGAGCUUAGAGGGCUCGCGCUCGGCUCGCGGAAGAUGCAUUGAUGCCGAUCAUUUUACCGAUCGCCACCCCUCGUCAGGGUUAGAGAGGAGGAUGAAGAGGGGGACGACGGAGCGGAGGAUGAGCGGGACGAGCGAGAGGAUGACGGACCGAGGGGUGACGGCGAUGCGCUGUUUUCUGUGGAGUCUCGUUCUCAGCUCGCUCUCCUCGCACGCGCAAGGUUUUAUCUACACAUGCGGCGGAACACUGAAAGGCAGAAAUGGCAGUAUAGAAUCGCCAGGUUUUCCCUACGGCUAUCCCAACGGGGCAAAUUGCACCUGGGUCAUUGUCGGGGAGGAAGGAAGUAGAAUCCAGCUCAUCUUUUUGUCAUUCGCCAUCGAAGAAGAAUACGACUUCCUGUCCCUGUAUGAUGGACAUCCCCACCCUGCCAACUUCAGGACCAGGCUAACAGGCUUCCAGGUUCCUCCCCCGGUCACCAGUACGGGAAACGUCUUCUCUUUGAGGUUGACCAGUGACUUCGCUGUCUCUGCACAUGGCUUCAAACUCAACUAUGAAGAGCUUCACAGUACAUCUUGUGGAAACCCUGGUGUCCCACCCAAAGCAGUGCUAAGUGGCAGUGGCCGUUUCGCUGUGGGAGACCACGUGCGGUACAGCUGUGUUCCUGGUUACGUCUUGGACGGCCACGCUACACUCACCUGCAUCACCAACGCAGGACACGCCGCCGUCUGGGACUUUCCUGCUCCAAUUUGUCGAGCUGAGGACACAUGUGGGGGCACUGUGAGGGGCGGCAGUGGGGUGGUGACCAGUCCCGGUUACCCCGGCAACUAUGGUAACCAGGCCGACUGUACUUGGAUCCUAUUGGCCGAACCUGGAGACACCAUCUCUGUCAUCUUUACAGACUUCCAGACAGAGGAGAAGUAUGACUACCUGGAAGUGGAGGGAUCUGAACCACCAACUAUUUGGUUGUCGGGCAGUAAUGUCCCGUCACCCAUUGUGAGCAACAAGAACUGGCUCCGACUGCAUUUCGUGACUGAUAGCAACCACCGUUACCGUGGUUUCAGUGCACAUUAUCAAGUGAAGCGAUCAGUAGAUUUUAAAUCGCGAGGCGUUAAAUUAUUCCCUGGCAAAGACUCCAGCAACAAGUUUUCAAUAUUAAAUGAAGGUGGUGUGAGACAAGCGUCCAACUCUUGCCCAGACCCAGGAGAGCCAGAAAAUGGAAAACGCCAUGGCAGCGACUUCAGCAUUGGCAGUGUGGUGCAGUUCACCUGUGGAGAAGACUACGUUCUUCAGGGCAGUAAAACUAUCAGCUGCCAGAGAGUGGCUGAAGUCUUCGCAGCCUGGAGUGACCAUAGACCCGUCUGCAAAGUGAAGACGUGCGGCAGUAAUCUUCAAGGUCCUUCAGGAACAUUUACGUCUCCUAACUUCCCUAUUCAAUAUGAGAGCAACGCGCAGUGUGUGUGGAUAAUCACUGCUUCAAAUCCCAAUAAGGUAAUCCAGAUCAACUUUGAAGAAUUUGACCUGGAGAUUGCCUAUGAUACUCUGACAAUAGGAGAUGGAGGAGAGGUGGGGGAUCCGACGACUAUCCUGCAAGUCCUAUCGGGGAGCUUUGUUCCCGACCUGAUAGUCAGUAUGACCCACCAGAUGUGGCUUCACCUACAGUCGGACGAAAGCGUCGGAUCAAUAGGAUUUAAGAUCAACUUUAAAGAAAUAGACAAAGAGAGCUGCGGUGACCCCGGGACUCCUCUCUACGGAAUACGAGAGGGCGACAGCUUCCUCAACGGAGGAAUCCUGAGAUUCGAGUGCCAGUUUGGCUUCGAGCUGAUCGGCGAGAGAACGAUCUCCUGCCAAGACAACAAUCAGUGGUCGGCAAACAUCCCCAUAUGCAUAUUCCCCUGCAUGUCCAACUUCACAGCUCCCUCAGGCACUGUCCUCUCCCCAGAUUACCCAGAAGGCUACGGGAACAAUAUGAACUGUAUCUGGCUCGUCCAAUCAGAACCAGGCUCCAGGAUCCACUUGGCAUUUAACGACUUUGACCUGGAGGCGCCCUACGAUUCCCUCACAGUGAAAGAUGGUGAGACAAACGACGCCGUCGUCCUCGGGAGGUUCUCUGGAGCUGAGAGCCCUUCCCAUCUGACGUCCAAUACCAACACGCUGAGGCUGGAGUUUCAGGCCGAUCACUCCAUGUCAGGAAGAGGAUUUAACAUCACUUAUAGUUCGUUUGGCCAUAAUGAGUGCCCGGACCCUGGCAUUCCUAUCAACGCUCGCCGCUUUGGAGACAGCUUCCAGCUUGGCAGCUCCAUCUCUGUGGUCUGUGAGGACGGUUUUAUCAAAACCCAAGGAGCUGAGACCAUCUCCUGUCAGCUGGAAAAAGGAAAAGUCAUGUGGAGUGGGCCCAUCCCUAAAUGUGAAGCCCCAUGUGGAGGCCACUAUUCAGCCCCGAGUGGAGUGAUUUUGUCUCCUGGGUGGCCUGGUUACUACAAAGACUCCCUUAGCUGUGAGUGGGUGAUUGAAUCAGAGCCCGGACGCUCCAUCAAAAUCACAUUUGACAGGUUCCAGACGGAGUUAGGUUAUGACUUCCUUGAGAUCCAUGACGGGCCAAACCUCCUGUCUCCUCUGGUUGGCUCCUUUAAUGGCACCCAGGUGCCCCAGUUCCUGUUCAGCAGCAGCAACUUUCUUUAUCUGCUGUUUACCACCGACAACAGCCGAUCGAACGCUGGCUUCAAAAUAUUAUAUGAAAGUGUCACGGUGGACAGCUACUCAUGUCUGGACCCUGGUAUCCCCGUCAAUGGUAUCCGGUACGGGCAGGAUUUCUCCAUUGGGUCCACGGUGUCAUUUGGUUGCGAUUCGGGCUACAGACUCAGCCACGAAGAGCCGCUCGUAUGUGAGAAGAACCACUGGUGGAGCCACCCUUUGCCUACAUGUGACGCUCUCUGUGGCGGAGAUGUAAGGGGUCCCUGGGGUACCAUCCUUAGUCCCGGCUAUCCAGACAGCUACCCUUCAUCUCUCAACUGUACCUGGACUGUUGAAGUCAGCCACGGGAAAGGUGUCCAGUUUCAGUUCAAUUCUUUUCAUCUGGAGGACCAACACGAUUACCUCUUGGUUACCGAGAACGCGAGUUUCCUGCAACCACUGGCACGCCUGACUGGCAACGAGUUGCCUAGCAACAUCAAUGCUGGUCUCUAUGGCAACUUCAAAGCUCAGCUACGAUUCAUUUCUGACUUUUCCAUUUCGUAUGAGGGCUUCAACAUAACUUUCUCUGAAUAUACUUUGGAGCCAUGCGAGGACCCUGGGAUGCCUCGGUUCAGCAGGAGAAACGGCUUCAGUUUCGGCAUCGGUGACACGCUGUCUUUUUCCUGCAAUAUGGGCUACCGCCUAGAGGGGGCGCCAGAGUUGAUCUGCUUGGGCGGGGGACGGAGAAUGUGGAGUGCUCCUCUGCCAAGAUGUGUCGCGGAGUGUGGUUCUUCAGUUAUAAACAAUGAAGGGAUCCUUCUCUCGCCAAACUAUCCAAUGAACUACGACAACAACCACGAGUGCAUCUAUAGCAUCCAGGUGCAGGCUGGGAAAGGCAUCAACAUCUCUGCGAGAACCUUUCAUCUGGCCCAAGGGGAUAUACUCAAGAUUCACGACGGCAAAGACAACACAGCCCAUGUUCUCGGAGCGUUUACAGGAUCGUCUAUGUUAGGUCUGACGCUCAUUUCCACUUCAAACCAUCUCUGGCUAGAGUUUUACAGUGAUUCGGAAAGUACGGGAGAAGGAUUCAAGCUGGUGUAUUCAAGCUUUGAAUUGUCUCACUGCGAGGACCCGGGCGUUCCUCAGUUUGGCUUCAAGGUCAACGACCAAGGUCAUUUCUCUGGGAGCAGCAUCACAUACAGAUGUGAGCCCGGAUACACCCUGCACGGAGCCUCUACGUUGAAGUGCAUGACGGGCGAGAGGAGAGCCUGGGACAACCCUCUGCCUUCUUGUAUCGCGGAGUGCGGGGGACGUUUUAAGGGCGAGUCUUCGGGGAGGAUUCUGUCUCCUGGAUACCCGUUUCCCUACGACAACAAUCUCCGCUGCACCUGGACCAUUGAGGUGGACUCAGGAAAUAUUGUUAGUCUUCAGUUUUUGGCCUUUGACACAGAAGCCAGCCACGACAUGUUGAAGGUCUGGGACGGACCACCUGAAAAUGAAAUGUCUUUGUCAGAGAUCAGCGGGUCUCUGCUACCCGAGGGAAUUCACUCCACACUGAAUACCGUCACUGUUCAGUUUGAGACAGAUUUUUACAUCAGCAAGUCAGGAUUCGCUAUCCAGUUCUCCAGCUCAGUAGCUACAGCCUGCAGGGACCCAGGCGUACCGAUGAAUGGCAGUCGAAGUGGAGAUGGUCGUGAGCCGGGGGAUUCAGUGUCCUUUCAGUGUGACCCAGGAUACGAGCUCCAGGGGGACGACAAAAUCACCUGUAUACAAGUGGAUAACAGAUACUACUGGCAGCCCAGCCCACCCUUCUGCAUAGCUCCUUGUGGAGGAAACCUAACAGGCUCCAGUGGAUUUAUUCUCUCUCCUAACUACCCACAUCCCUACCCUCACUCCAAGGACUGCGAUUGGCUCAUCGCUGUCAACUCUGAUUACGUCUUGUCACUGGCCUUCAUCAGUUUCAACAUUGAGCCAAACUAUGACUUCCUGUACAUCUAUGAUGGUCCAGAUAGCAACAGUCCUCUGAUUGGUAGCUUCCAGGACAGCAAACUCCCAGAGAGAAUAGAGAGCAGUUCAAAUACCAUGCAUUUAGCAUUCCGCAGUGAUGGUUCCGUUUCUUACACUGGCUUCCACCUGGAAUACAAAGCCAAACUGAGGGAGUCGUGUUUUGACCCAGGUGUGGUUCUGAAUGGAACCAGGCUGGGAUCUGAUUAUAAGCUGGGCUCUACUGUCACCUUCUACUGUGAAGCAGGAUAUGUUCUGCAGGGCUAUUCUACUUUAACCUGCAGUAUGGGAGAUGACGGCAGACCUGGGUGGAACAGGGCAUUGCCUAGCUGUCAAGCGCCUUGUGGAAGUCGUUCUACUGGAUCAGAGGGGACUGUUUUAUCUCCAAACUUCCCUAGAAACUACACCUCUGGCCAGACUUGUAUCUAUUCUAUAUCUGUACCGAGAGAGUUUGUCCUCUUUGGUCAGUUUGUGAUGUUCCAGACGUCUCUCAACGACGUCGUGGAAAUCUACGAUGGACCCACGCAACAAAACACACUGCUGUCUUCUCUUUCUGGGUCCCACUCUGGCGAGUCCCUCCCUCUUAGUACAGGAAAUCAGAUCACCAUCAAGUUUACCACAGUCGGACCAGAAACUGCUAAGGGGUUCCACUUUGUCUACCAAGCUGUACCGAGGACCAGCUCCACCCAGUGCAGUUCAGUCCCCGAGCCUCGAUUUGGGAAACGCCUCGGCAAUGACUUUGCAGUUGGCGCCAUGGUGCAGUUUGAGUGCAACCCUGGUUAUGUCCUGCAUGGCUCCACUGCCAUACGCUGCGAGAGUGUCCCAGACAACCUGGCACAAUGGAACGACACCCUGCCAACAUGUAUAGUUCCCUGUGGGGGUGUGUUGACCUCGCGUCGCGGGACAAUCCUGUCUCCUGGCUAUCCAGAGCCAUAUGACAACAACCAGAACUGUGUGUGGAAGGUCUCUGUUCCAGAAGGGGCUGGAAUCCAGAUACAAGUUGUGAGUUUUGCCACUGAGCAUAACUGGGACUCCUUGGAUUUUUACGAUGGUGCUGACAACCAUGCACCAAGACUGGGCAGUUACUCUGGCACCACCAUCCCCCCUCUCCUGAAUAGUACAUCUAACAACCUCUAUCUCAGCUUCAGCUCUGAUAUAAGUGUCUCAGCUGCUGGUUUUCACCUGGAAUAUACAGCUAUUGGACUGGAGUCAUGUCCAGAGCCUCAGACUCCAAACUACGGAAUAAGACAAGGAGACAGAUUUAUGGUCGGAGAUGUUGUGCAGUUUUCGUGUGAACAAGGAUACUCUCUUCAGGGCAACGCACAUAUCACCUGCAUGCCUGGACCUGUGAGAAGAUGGAAUUACCCUGUACCACUGUGUCUUGCCCAGUGCGGUGGGUCUAUGACAGAUGUAAGUGGAGUGAUUCUAAGUCCUGGUUACCCAGGCAACUACCCCAGCGGAUUAGACUGCACAUGGACAGUCAACUUACCUGUCGGCUUCGGCAUCCAUCUCCAGUUCCUGAACUUCUCCACAGAAGCGAUCCACGAUUACCUGGAGAUCCGCAGUGGCACGCUGGAAACCGGCUCGGUCAUUGACCGCUUCAGCGGUCCCGUCAUCCCCAAACCUCUGUUCAGCACCACCCACCAGACCAGCUUUUUCUUCCACAGCGACUACUCACAAAACAAACCAGGCUUCCACAUCUCAUAUCAAGCCUACCAGCUCCAGAGCUGCCCCGACCCUCGGCCCUUUCGAAACGGCAUCGUGAUCGGCACAGACUUCAGCGUCGGGAUGACGGUGUCGUUCGAAUGUCUGCCGGGAUAUUCCCUGAUUGGAGAGGCUUCGCUCACGUGUUUACAUGGAAUCAGCCGGAACUGGAACCACCCGCUGCCAAGAUGUGAAGCUCUGUGUGGUGGGAACAUCACAUCAUUAAAUGGAACAAUUUACUCUCCUGGUCACCCUGAGGAAUACCCCAACUUCCAGGACUGUGUGUGGAGUGUGAGAGUUCCUCCUGGACACGGGAUUUACAUCAACUUCACCGUCCUGAGCACCGAGCCCAUAUAUGAUUACAUUACUGUCUGGGACGGUCCAGACCAAUCAUCUCCUCAGAUCGGACAGUUCAGCGGGAACACAGCUUUGGAGUCUGUCUACUCGACCUCCAACAUCAUCCUAAUCAAAUUCCACUCGGACUUCUCUGGAGCUGGCUUCUUUGUCUUAAGCUACCACGCCUACCAAUUAAGGGUUUGUCAGCCUCCUCCAGAAGUGCCCAACGCUGACACGCUGAUGGAGGACGGCGAGCUGGAGAUAGGUGACAUCAUCAGGUACAGAUGCCACCCUGGAUUCUCAUUGGUCGGCAGUGAGAUUCUAACCUGUCGCCUUGGAGAGCGACUACAGAUGGAUGCACAACCUCCUACAUGCCAAGUGCAAUGCCCUGCACAUGAUGUGCGAUACGACUCGUCCGGUGUCAUCCUGAGCCCUGGUUGGCCGGAAAGUUACCCCAACCUCCAAAUGUGUUCAUGGAGCAUUACAGUAGAGAAAGGAUACAACGUCACCAUUACCUUUGAAAGCUUCCACACCGAGAGGGAGUUUGACGUGUUGGAGAUAUUUGAUGGUCCCACAGCCAACAGUCCCACUCUGGCGACGCUGAGCGGCGACAUGCAAACGCCCUUCAACCUCACCACCUCUGGCCACCAGUUCCUGGUCCGCUGGUCCUCGGACCACGGCACGAACAAGAAGGGCUUCAAAAUUCGCUAUGUUGCCCUGUACUGCUCCACGCCAGACUCCCCCCUUCACGGCUCCAUCUCCUCUCAGAGUGGCGGCCACAUCAAUAGCGUGGUGCGGUGGGCUUGUGACCGUGGCUACCGUCUCAUUGGCAACGCCACAGCGACCUGCCGCCGCACAUCACUGGGUUACCACGCAUGGGACUCUCCUGUGCCUGCGUGUCAAGCUGUUUCAUGCGGGCCACCCAAGGCUCCGAUAAACGGUGGCACUUUAACAGCCGACUACUCCGUCGGAACAAGAGUUUCCUAUUUUUGUAACGACGGCUACAGACUCUCCAGCAAAGAACUGACGUCCGCCAUCUGUCAGCCUGAUGGAACAUGGAGCAACCACAACAAGAUACCGCGCUGUUCUGUGGUGGUUUGUCCCAGCAUCGGGUCGUUCUCUUUGGAGCACGGCCGCUGGAGGAUUGUCAACGGCUCACACUAUGAAUACAGAACUCGAAUCGUGUUCACCUGUGAUCCGGGAUACUACCGGUUGGGCCCCGCCCACAUCCAGUGCUUGCCCAAUGGCGUGUGGAGCUGGAGAAACGACCGACCACACUGCCAGGUUAUCUCCUGCGGUGAGCUGCCAUCUUCACCCAGUGGGAAGAAGAUCGGUACUCAGACAUCAUUCGGUGCUACAGCCAUCUUUACCUGCGAUGCUGGUUUCAUGCUGGUGGGGUCAGCUGUCAGAGAGUGCCUGUCGUCUGGGCUCUGGAGUGGAACGGAAACACGCUGUUUAGCUGGCCACUGUGGAAUCCCAGAAAGCAUUGUGAACGGCCAAGUGAUCGGGGAGAACUUUGGUUACCGUGAUACGGUCGUGUAUCAGUGUCUGCCCGGCUUCCGGCUAAUAGGCUCGUCAGUUCGAAUCUGUCUCCAGGACAACCAGUGGUCUGGCCAACUGCCCGUCUGCAUAUCGAUCAGCUGUGGCCAUCCAGGCAGUCCCAUAUAUGGUCGCACGGUGGGAAACGGCUUCAACCUCAACGACGUGGUCAGCUUUGUGUGUAACCGGGGUUAUGAAAUGGAGGGGCCGGCACGCGCCCAGUGCCAGGCCAACCGCCAGUGGAGCCACCCGCCCCCAACGUGUAAAGUGGUCAACUGCUCUGAUCCAGGCAUUCCAGCCAACUCCAUUCGACAGAGUAAAAUAGAGCACGGCAAUUUCACCUUUGGCACCGUGGUUUUCUACGACUGUAACCCUGGGUAUUACCUGUUCGGGUCACCUGUACUCACCUGUCAACCCACUGGACAAUGGGACAAACCCCUUCCUGAAUGUAUUGUUGUAGACUGUGGUCACCCCGGCUCUCCACCUAACGGUGUGCUGAGCGGAGAUAAGUUUACAUUUGCUUCAACGGUUCGAUACUCCUGUUUGGGCGGAAGACAGCUGAAAGGAGAAUCAUCCAGGACCUGUCAGCUCAAUGGGAUGUGGAGUGCCCCCAUGCCCUUCUGCUCCGGCGACACAGCUGGUUCCUGUGGCGAUCCUGGCAUUCCCUCCCAGGGCUCCAGGGAGCAAACGGAUUUUCGGAUCCGUUCCAAGGUUUACUUCAGCUGUAUGGAGGGCUACGAUCUGAUUGGCUCCUCGGAGAGGAUGUGCUUCCCUAACGGGACCUGGUCUGGCACGCAGCCCUUCUGUAAACCUGUCCAGUGUGGUAACCCUGGCACUCCGAGUAAUGGCAGAGUAUAUCGUUUGGAUGGAACAACAUUUUCUCACUCUGUCAUCUACUCGUGCAUGGACGGCUACCUGCUCACUGGUGCCACCACCAGGCAAUGUCAGGCCAACGGGACAUGGUCGGGCAUACAACCCAACUGUACCAUGAUAAACUGUGGGGACCCUGGUGUGCCGGCAAACGGCCUCCGCUAUGGAGAAGACUUCACGAUUGGCCAGAAUAUUACCUUCCAGUGCCAGCCAGGGUACAGAAUGGAGGAGGAUGGAUCAGCUGUGAGGACGUGCACCCAAAACGGGACGUGGAGUGGGAAUAUGCCAAUAUGUACAGCGGUGGCCUGCCCGGCUUCCCCUGCCAUCAGCAAUGGGGUACUGCAGGGCAGUGACUUUGAAUGGGGCAGCAGUGUGAGUUACAGUUGCUCACCUGGAUAUGAGCUCUCAUUCCCGGCUGUCCUGACCUGCGUGGCCAAUGGCACCUGGAGCGGCAUGCUGCCACAGUGCUUACCCAAGUUUUGUGGUGACCCAGGCACACCAGUUGGUGGAUUCAGAGAAGGACGGAGUUUCAUCUAUCAAUCAGAAGUGUCCUUCGCCUGUGCUCCACCUCUCAUCCUGGUCGGCACAGCGACCAGACUUUGUGAAAGCGACGGUGCCUGGAGUGGGACGCAGCCACGCUGUAUCGAACCGACCAAAACAAGUUGUGAUAACCCCGGAACACCACGCUACGGCUCCUUAAACCGGACCUAUGGUUUCAAGGUGGGAAGUGUGGUGUCCUUUCAGUGCCAGCCAGGCCAUUUGAUUCAGGGCUCCUCCUCUCGAACCUGCCAGCCUGAUCUGACAUGGACCGGGACACAACCCGAGUGCAUACCCCAUGCCUGUAAGCAGCCAGAGAGCCCACUCCAUGUGGACGUGGUGGGGAUGGAUCUGCCCGGUUUUGGCUACACCUUGGUGUACAGCUGUCAACAUGGCUACUUCCUGGCAGGGGGCUCUGAGCAUAGAGUCUGCAAGAAUGAUGGCACUUGGACUGGGAAGAUGCCUAUAUGUCGAGCCGGAGAGAAGAAGAAACCUGUGAAACCAGCAACAGGAACUCCCAGCCCAAAACUAAGCGUUCCAGAUGACGUCUUUGCUCCUAACUACAUAUGGAAAGGUUCCUAUAAUUACCGCGGGAGAAAGCAGCCGAUGACACUGAGCAUCACCAGCUUCAACUCCACAACAGGGAGAGUCAACGUUACCCUUAGCAACGGCAACAUGGAACUGCUCCUAUCAGGAGUGUAUAAGGCUUCUGAGGCCAGGCUGUUACUUCUGAUGUACCAGGUGAACUAUGCCAACCAGGGAAACCAGCCAAAAGAUCCAGCCGUCACUCCAGCCAAAAUCAUAGAUGACUCCUGGACCAUGGAUGGGUUUGUAUCAGCAGAGCCUGAUGGAUCGAGUUACGUAUUCCAGGGUUUCAUUCAGGGAAAAGACUAUGGACAGUUUGGACUGCAAAGACUAGGUCUGAAUAUGUCGGAGAGUCACAACUCGCCGCCCCCUCAGCUUGGUACCAAUAGCAGUUCUGUGGCUAUCGCUAUUCUGGUGCCUUUCUUCGCUCUGAUCUUCACUGGCUUUGGCUUUUAUCUCUACAAACAAAGAACAACACCAAAAACACAGUACACCGGCUGCUCAGUCCAUGAAAAUAACAACGGCCAGGCGGCCUUUGAGAACCCCAUGUACAACACCAACGCCAAGGCUGUGGAGGGGAAGGCUGUUAGAUUCGAUCCGAAUCUGAACACUGUCUGCACCAUGGUCUGAGGGUUGAUUAUCCUUACUUUAACUGAAUGACUCGAAUAUCUAAUGGUAACACAGUUGGCAUGAGGCUGUGGAGGGGAAAAGCCCUGUGCUUCUUCUCAGACCUCAACGACGUCAGCACCGCGGUCUUUACAAUGAUUACAAAAGACCGUCAGUCCCAGUUAAAGACACCACAUCCCCACGAGCAGAGGGAAAACUGUCCAUGUGAAACCAAAACACAGCCAGAGAAAACUCACAAUUAGAUGUGACGCCGAGUGAAAGAAAUGGAUGCACCCCAAUGGAACUAGUAUCUCUCUGUGUCCCAGAGACUCAGCUGGUCAUGGAUAGUUUAUAAUUUUAUUCUACACACAGUCUCCAUGGUUUGAGCUCUUAAUCAACCCCACUCACAGGAAGUAAUGAUGAAGCCAUGACCUACAAGUUAGACAUCAUGACGUGUUACCAUAGCCCAGCACAGAAUUUAGUAUUUCACACUGGACUGUGGAGACUCUCAGCUCUGUGACCAUUAGUCCUUGCCUGGAGAAAGAGAGAGCACAUCAUGAGCGCUCCAGCCAUGGUUAUACAUCACCGAGAUAAGAAUGCACUAAGAAAAUGGGUUGAUCUUCAUUUAUUACAUGUUGUCUCCCCAACUGUACUAAAAAAAUGCUUAUCUAUGAGUAGCAAAGAAGCAAAGUGGCCCCAGAUUGGAAGAUGUAACACGAUGGGAGCAUCACAAAAAGACACUGUGAAGCAAAGAAAACUCUUCCUGUCUACCUGGGUUCAACACUGACAGUAAAAGACACUGUCACCAGCCGAGCAUCAGUAAACAAGGCUGACCAGGUGUGAACAGGAGACCAUUUAUAUUACAACGCCCGAGCAGCCAGACAGGAUAACCUCCAGUCUCCAUGACUACCAGACACUGGUAUUACCAGCCUCUUGUCUUUUUCUAUUACCGUUGAAGCUAAGCUGGCUAAUGCUAGCAGACAGUAGCAAAAGUUGCUUUGAAAAGAGACCAACUCCAAAGCAAAGGAUAAGGGGCAGCCCUGGAGACGGAGCUGUAAUCCUAACUGAACUGGGAUUAGAGCAAAGCAAAAGUAAAAGGAGUCUGAAGGGGAGCUAGUGCUAAUAUUACAGAUGAGAAGAGACUGACUCAUCCAAUGGAUAAACUGCUCCUUCCGAUCCAGUGGAUAACAGAGGAGCCUGAGAAGAUGGACACGACCCCUAACUGAACUGGAAAUAGAGUAAGGGAGUCAUCAAGAGAAAAAGAUGAGAUCUUAAAAUCCUAACACCGCCAAUCAGAGAGAUCAGCCCUCUACAUGAUGAAUCAAAUCAAGACAGAAUGCGGCCUUGUGGGAAAGAUGUUCCUGAUCCUGUGAAUUUAAAAUGGACUCUGACUAGAAAGACGCCGAACGGAUACAGAGGACUCUGAUGGACUAACAAAGAAAAAGACUUUGCCAAAAAGAGAAAGCUCUGGCACUAAAGCACAUUUUACAGAAACACUACCUGUCUAAAGAGAUGGAUCAACACAGGGACGGGCAGAGAGGUUAGAGAGACGAAUGACAGACAGAAGAGAUGACAGUUACACUACACUCAAGACGGGGAGCAGACAAGGUGGUAGUACAGUUAGACACAUGUUGAAAUCGACAGGUUCAACAAAGACAAACAGGGUCUUAAUCACAAUUGUUGCCGACUCCACCGUCCAGUGUCUCCACAGACAGACAGACAGACAGAUUCAAACACAAAUUUAUAGUCCUUCAGAAACAGAGACAGGCUGAUAGACAGGAGACACAGACAGACAGAGGUUGAUAGGCAGGCUUAAAGAAAGACAAACAGGGUUGUAGCCCUGUGAUUGUGGACUCAGCUCCACUGUAAAUCUGCACUCUGCGAGUGCUUAUCUUCUUUCUUUGUUAUUGCUGCAGAAUCUUCUGAUCUGUAAAUCUAUUGCAUAUAUAUUCGGGAGCAUUCACCACCUAUAUUUUUGUGCUAUAUAUUUACCACAGGGGAGGGGGCUGAAGGGGAAAAGAGACAGAUUAGAGUGGAGCGUUUUUAGAAAAAAAAGAAAGACUUAUCAGAAGAAAAGAUAUUACAAAUAUGUGCCGUCCACACAAGUCACAAACAGUGUUUCGGUUCCUUUGUAACAUGGAAUUGUUUUUAUCUGAGUUUUUUUUGUGUAACGUGAAGUUUCCUUACUCCAUCACUGUCUUUCCCACUGAGGCAGUCAUGCGUGUCAGUGGUACUGUUGUUGUCAGUAUUGUUGAGAUGCAAGAUUUGCCAGCAACAAUCAUGCUGUUUAAAGUUUACGUCUCGUUGCACAUUUACCACAGAUGGCAGAUUUGUAAACCAUUAAUAGAUGGAGUAUGUGCUACGGUUGCCAUUUUUUUCUGCAUCUCCACUAGAGCUAGUGGCCAAGUGUGUGUGUGUGUGUGUGUGUUUGUCUACACGUCAGAGGUGUCAGUGACCCCAGCUCUUGGAACCGGAUCGUUUGAUUAAAAAGGGCCAAACUCGUAUCUAGCUCUGAUCUGGUUGAAGUAAGUGGCCCCUUCUGAAUCUCGCAAGGCCACUGUAAAAGAAAACACAGCUGUGGUGAAAAAUAAUAAUGGUGAUCAUAGCCGGUGAACGUGUAGCUUGCGGAUGACGACCCACGAACAAGUUUUGAAUCCACUCUGAAACUUUGUGUUGUACCAGUUCAUGCUUGUGGUUUUCCCCCUCAUGCAUCGAGGAGUCAAAAGAUCAGAGAAUACAAUUCUAGUUAUGAUUUAGUUUAGUUGCAAAGCAUACAAAUUUCAACCUUGUUCAUAAAAACCCUGAAUACAAGAUAUGUAAAUUUCUUCACAAGCUCAUCCUCAGGUUGUAUAUCAUUGACUUUCAUUGAUUUUGUGUUGAAGAUGUGUUUUGGUCUCAAAUCCAUACUGAUAUGUCAGGGAUCAGAGGACUACACGAAUGCUGUUUUCAGGUUCUUCUCGUAAGAUCCAAUUUGUUAUUGUACUGAAAUCCGCUAAAUUUAAUUUAGUUCAGAAACACUAACUUUAUCAUGAACCGGCCAAGACCCUUAGAUUCCAAUUUGACAAUUGCCUAAAUUCAUACACAUAACCAAGGCCAUGGAGAUUUCCUUUUGCUUAAGCCCGUUUUCAUUUCAUAAAAAAUAUAGCCCUAUGAUCUCAACUCAGUGUUUUUUGGCUGGCUGGCAUUUUUUAAAAUCUUAUUUACCACCUAUUAUGGAAACCACCUGGCAACCUUUACAGUCUGUCGCACAUUUAAUUAUAGUCUCAUGUGCCAUUUAUGAACCAGUGAUGAGAGAGAGACGGAAAACACUUGACUUUUGUGUUAAACCAUGCAUAACAUCCAUACAGUAUAGUAUUUUCUUAUUGUAAUGAUUGGGUCUGAAGGUACACCAUAUUCUGAAUUAAUUGUUCCCUACAUGACACAUAUACAUGUAUCAAUGACCAAGAGUCUUUGGUGCCCGUUUUUAAAAAAAAAGUAUUUGUAUUUUGAUUUGAAGAGUCCUGAUUGAAGAGCCCAUAAUUAUUUGUACCAGGGUGAGCAAAAACAUUGAUUUUGUUGUAAGAACCAGUUGACAGUAAACUCCCCUUUGAAGUCAUAACUGAUUUAAAAGUAGUGGUGGUUGCGGCCCCCAUGUUUACCCACGCUGCGACUGUCCCACACUGUAUCACCAUGGUGACAUUGUUACUUAUUACGGUUUGGAUUGAUUGUUGCUGCUGUUGUUGUUGUUGUUAUUGCUGUGUUUUGGGUUGUCUUUUUUUCGGUAUGGAUCUGACACAGUGCCUACCAAAAACCAUGGGACCCUCCCUGUCAUCUACAUGCGCGCACACACACACACACACACACACACACACACACAGACACACGCACACAGACACACGCACACAGACACACACGCGCUCCUUCAAACACAUACACGCACUCACACACGCAUAUGAACAUGUACCUGCCCCAUUUUUUUCUAUGCUUCAGUCAAUUUUGCCACAAGCUUUUCCUACUGACUGACCGCAAUAAGACCCAUGUGAUUUGAAAGACUUAAAGCCGUUCCUGCCUGGGGACAUUGGAAAUAUUCACCAUUUGAAGAAAAGAAAAAAAGCUGAAAUAUAAAAUAAAAAAGUGUUUUGUACAGAAAUAUAUUUUUAUGAUGAAAUUAUUUGUAAAAUGUAUGAAUCUAUUAUGUAAAUUUUCAAUGCAAUGUAAGAUUAAAAAAGGCUAAAUUGCUUUUGUAUAAAAA